AUGACAGAUGAAGAUCCAUCAUUAGAAGCAACAAGUUCUGCUGCAAAAGCAAUGUUACAGCAACGACAGUUACUAACAGACAUGAGAGCUCAAAAUUAUGAUGUGAUACGAUUUGCUACCUACAGAACAGCUUGUAAAUUACGCUUUAUACAGAAAAAAACUAAUCUACAUUUGAUAGACAUUUGGAAUGUGAUUCAAGCUUUUCGUGAGAAUGGAUUAAAUAGCAUGGAUCCAGGAUAUGAACUUAGUGCUUCCAAAGUCGAGUCUAUAUUAGCCACAUUGUUUACUCAGUUAAAUAAACGAUUACCUGCUGCUCAUCAAAUAGAAGCUGAAGAAUCUAAAGUAUUAUUAUUAAAUUGGAUACUUACAGCUUAUGACAAAGAUAAUAGUGGUAAAACUCGUGUAUUAUCUAUUAAAGUCGUAUUAUCUACAUUAUGUUCAGGAAAAUUAGUAGAUAAACUGAGAUAUAUAUUUACCCAGUUAAGUGAUUCUACUGGUUGUAUGAUAUGGUCAAGAUUUGAAGUCUACCUCCGUGAUAUUUUAACAUUACCAACAGCUGUUUUUGAAGGUCCAUCUUUUGGUUUUAACCAGUCAGCAGCACGAAGCUGUUUUGAACCAACAUCCAAAGUGAACAUCAAUGAUUUUCUCAGUGUUAUGAUGGCUGACCCUGGACCUCAAUGUUUAAUGUGGCUUCCAAUAUUAACUAGAAUGGCUACUGUGGAAAAUACCCUUCACCCUAUACCAUGUGAGGGUUGUCACAGACAGUCGUUUACAGGGUUCCGGUAUAAAUGUGAUAGAUGUCAUAACUAUCAGCUAUGUCAGGAUUGUUUUUGGCGGGGACGUGUUUCAGGAAAUCAUAAUAUAGAUCAUCCCAUGAAAGAAUACAAAUCAUAUAAAAGUCAUGUGAAGCAAUUAGGUCAUUCCAUAAAGAAGUCUUUCCAAUGUGUUCCACAUAAAACGUCAAAUAACCACAAAUUGCCCCAUUUUCCUGAAGCACCAGAGAAAAAGAUAGAUCUGUCGUAUAUAGUUACACCACUGUAUAUAACUUUAAUGAAAUUUCCGUCAAUAACCCAGCUAUUUGAUCUCUAUCUUUCUAGCCCUCCAACUCCUUUACAAACUCGAAAUGGUUUCCCUAAUAAUUUAUUAGUACAUACGGCAGAGGUGUCUUCCAUAGAUAGUACUUGUAGUUCUGCACCUAGAAGUAUUGAAUCAUGUCGUAUAGAUGAUGAACAUAGACUAAUAGCUCGUUAUGCUUCAAGAUUAGCUGCUGAUGCCAAAAAUGCUGCCAGAAGUCCAUCAGAAGUUCAUUGUAGUGCAGAUUCUAAUAAAGCACAAAGAGAGUUGAUUGGACAAUUAGAAGCCAAAAACAGAGAGAUUAUGAGAGAAAUUCAACGCUUAAGACUGGAACAAGAAGCAUUUGCACAGGAAAACGCUGAGGCUCAAUAUAACCCUACUUUAUUAGCAGAAUUACGUAUAUUAAGACAACGGAAAGACGAAUUGGAGUCAAGAAUGCAGUCAUUACAAGAAAGCCGCAAGGAGUUAAUGGUUCAAUUAGAAACUCUAAUGAAACUUUUGAAGGUAAUUAUUGUGUAA